CCGCCUCCCUCCCCGACCUUGGCAUUGGCCUGGCCCAGCCCAGGCAGCUAUGGGGCUCCUGCGGCUGCUGGUCCUGGCGGUGUUGGCGUCGGAGCGCGGGGUGGCUGGUGGAGCCGAGACGGUCGGAAACUCCAGCAGGGGUCUUCUUGAAUUUUCGAUGGGGAACUUUAGAUACUUCAAGCUCAACAGGCUCUUUCCAGAGGAAGCUAUUUUGCGUCACAUUUCUAGCAAUGUGACUUUUCUUAUUUUCCAAAUACACUCACAGUAUCAGAAUACAACAAUUUCUUUUUCUAAGACUUUCCUUCCCAAUAACUCGGGAACAGGCACUGACAGAGGACUGGUUUUCAUUCUUAGACCAGAGCAGAGCAUGUGCAGUUGGCACUUGGAGACUUUAGAUGCAGAGCCGGUCCAAAAUGUGGCCAUCCCACUCUCCUACUCAGAAAGAGAUCCUAUUCCUGGAGGCUGUAAUCUGGAGUUUGAUUUAGAUAUUGAUCCCAACGUUUAUGUGGAGUAUAAUUUUUUUGAAACAACUAUCAAAUUUGCCCCAGCAAACCUAGGCUAUGCAAGAGGUGCAGAUCCGCCACCAUGUGAUGUGGAGACUGGCCAGGACUCCAGGUGGCGGCUGCAGUAUGAAGUCUAUCAGUAUUUUCUGCCCGAGAAUGACCUCACUGAGGAGGUAUUGCUGAAGCAUCUGCAGAGGAUGGCCGAGGUGCCUCAGGUGAAGGCCAAUGCUGUCCAGGUGGUUACCCUAACAGCUAAUGAUAAGACAAGUGUUUCCUUCUCCUCCCUCUGGGGACAAGGUGUCAUUUAUAAUGUCAUUGUUCGGGACCCAUUUCUAAAUACAUCUGCUGCUUACGUUCCUGCUCACACAUAUGCUUGCAGCUUUAAGGCAAUGGAGGGUAAUUGUGCCUCCCCUGGAAGAGUAUCCACCAAAGUGUUCUUCACUCUUUUUGCCCUGCUUGGUCUCUUUAUUUGUUUCUUUGGACACAGAUUCUGGAAAACAGAAUUAUUCUUCAUAGGCUUUAUCUUCAUGGGAUUCUUCUUUUAUAUACUGAUUACAAGACUGACAACUCUUAAGUAUGAUGUUCGUUUGAUUCUAACAGCCGUAGCCGGAAGCAUUGGUGGAAUUUUCCUGGUAGCUGCAUGGUGGCGUUUCGGAAUCCUCCUGUUCUGCAUGUUGUGUGUUGGACUCGUGCUGGGGUUCCUCUUCUCAUCAGUGGCUUUCUUCACUCCACUGGGAAACCUAAUGAUUUUUCGUGAUGAUGGUGUUUUCUGGGUGACCUUCUCUUGUAUAGCUAUCCUCAUUCCAGUAGUUUUCAUGAGCUGCCUAAGAAUACUGAACAUACUGACUUGUGGCAUCAUUGGCUCCUAUUCGGUGGUCCUGGCCAUUGACAGAUACUUCUACACAAGCCUCUCUCACAUCACUUUGAAUGUACUCAGGCGAGCGCUCAACACGGAUUUCCGCAGAGCUUUCACAAAUGUGCCUUUUCAAACUAAUGGUAAGACUCUUGAUGCCAAAAACCAGAGUGAUAGUCAAAUGGGAGUGUUGACCUACCAAGGAUAA